AUGUCUGAGUUAGUUCAGGAUGAGAAGCGCUCCCUUUCCUUGACCUUGCCUUUCGAAACAAGUCCGACUCAGUCUGAUGUCGAUCCACAAAAGGUGCUACGAAAGUUAGACUGGCAUCUCUUGCCAUUUCUGUCUCUUUUGUAUCUCCUCGCGUAUCUUGACAGGACGAAUGUCGGAAAUGCCAAAAUCGCAGGCCUGACUACCGAUAUAGGACUAACAGGCCUACAAUUCAACCUGUGCUCAGCCAUGUUUUUUGUGACCUAUUGUGCAUUUGAAGUUCCUUCCAAUGUGGCGUUGAAAUUGCUAAGGCCUUCCCGCUGGAUUCCGACUAUUAUGUUCUGCUGGGGUAUCAUCAUGGUAUCAAUGGCCUUUGUCAAAGACUUUGUAGGACUGUUGAUAGUGCGAUUGUUUCUUGGAGCAGCCGAGUCCGGACUCCUGCCCGGUUUGGCCUUCUAUAUAUGUCUCUGGUAUCCCAGAGCUGCUCAGGCGCAACGACUAGCCAUAUUCGUAUCGGCAUGCACGGCAUCAGGCGCAUUUGGAGGACUUCUGGCAUAUGGAAUAGAAAGAAUGUCUGGGACUGGUGGGUUGGCAGGCUGGUCUUGGAUUUUCCUGCUAGAAGGAUUGAUAACAAUUGUGGUCGCAGUUGGCGGAUGGUGGUACAUGGAUGACUAUCCGGAAUCAGCAUCGUUCCUGAGUGCGCGAGAGAGAGACUGGCUGGUGCAAGCUCUCAAAGAAGAUACAGCAUCAUCGUCAAAGGCAAUCAGAUACGAAUACCUCAUGCAAGCCCUAAAGAACCCCUACUCCUAUCUCCUCGCCAGUAUAGAAUUCUUCAUCAUGAUACCCUUGUUCGCAUUUGCCCUGUUUCUGCCCACCAUUAUUGUUGGCCUAGGCUACUCCUCCCUUCACGCACAGCUUCUCACUGUACCCCCAAACAUCUGUGGUUGCUUGGCUACGAUUCUGUUUGGCAUAGGGUCUGACCGACUUGGUGUCAGAGGGCCAUUCGUUCUCGCGGGUUCCCUCUUGUCGCUCGUUGGGUACACCAUCCUCUUGGCGACAACAGCUCCCACAGUGGGAUAUAUCGGCACAAUCAUUGCUGCAUGCGGCCUUUUCCCGUCUUCUGCCUGCUUGCUCGCAUGGACCGGGGGAAACGCUGGAGGUGAUAUGAAGCGAGGCGCAAUGCUGGCAAUGCUGACAGGGCUCGGCAAUCUGGGAGCAAUUGCGUCGUCAUUCAUCUAUCGGCCUCAAGAUAGUCCGAGAUACCGGCCUGGUCAUGCCACGAAUAUUGCAUGCUCCAGUAUGAUUGCGAUCCUGAGUAUUAUUGCUAUGUUCGUGUUCGCCCGCGCAAAUAAACAGAAGCGUACUCGCUGUAUUCAGGAAGGCCUCUCCGCGGACAAUGCUGAAGACUACCGUGAACUCGGUGACAACUCACCCUUAUACAGGUGCGAUACAGUAUGUUUCAAAGGCUAA